AUGGGCAAAGCUAGCAGGUGGUUGAAGGGCUUGUUGGGCAUGAAGAAGGAGAAGGACCACAGUGACAAUUCGGGGUCAUUGGCUCCUGACAAGAAGGAGAAGAAAAGGUGGAGUUUUACUAAGCAAGGAAAGGAUAUGGUGUCUCACAUUGCUCCCACUAGUGUUCCACCUACUGAUAAUACCUGGCUUAGAUCCUAUAUUGCUGAGACAGAGAAUGAGCAGAACAAACAUGCAAUUGCUGUGGCAGCCGCCACAGCCGCCGCCGCGGAUGCCGCCGUGGCAGCCGCACAGGCGGCGGUGGCGGUUGUGAGGCUAACAAGCCAGGGCAGAGGUACAUUGUUCAGUGGGAGCAGAGAGAAGUGGGGUGCUGUGAAGAUCCAAACUUUUUUCAGAGGUUAUUUGGCACGGAAGGCUCUUAGAGCACUGAAAGGAUUGGUCAAGAUACAAGCUCUUGUUAGAGGCUAUCUAGUAAGAAAAAGAGCUGCUGCAACUCUUCACAGUAUGCAAGCUCUAAUAAGAGCUCAAGCUAAUGUCAGAACACAGCGAGCGCGUCGUUCCAUGAGCAAAGAAAAUAGAUAUCUACCUGAAGUUAUUGCAAGAAAAUCUGUGGAACGAUUUGAUGAAACGAGAAGUGAAUUCCAUAGUAAAAGGUUACCUACUUCUUAUGAAGCAUCAUUGAAUGGAUAUGAUGAAAGCCCCAAAAUUGUUGAAAUUGACACUUACAAGACAAGGUCAAGAUCAAGGCGCUUUACAUCUACAAUGUCUGAAUAUGGAGAAGAACUUCCAUGUCAUGCAAUCUCAUCCCCUCUUCCAUGUCCUGUUCUGGGUAGAAUCUCUGUUCCUGAUUGCAAACAUGUUCAAGAUUAUGAUUGGUACUUCAAUGUUGAGGAGUGUAGGUUCUCCACAGCACAUAGCACCCCUCGUUUCACAGGUUUAGUGCGUCCUAAUGCUCCAGCUACACCAGCCAAGAGUGUUUGUGGAGACACCUUCUUCAGACCUUACUCCAAUUUCCCAAACUACAUGUCCAAUACUCAGUCAUUUAAGGCAAAACUAAGGUCUCUCAGUGCUCCAAAGCAAAGACCUGAACCCAAAAAAAGGCUUUCACUCAAUGAAAUGAUGGCAGCAAGAAAUAGCAUAAGUGGUGUUAGAAUGCAAAGGCCAUCCAAUUUCCAAGCACAAGAAUCCUGGAAUUUUUGA